GCCCGGGUGGCUGCGGGGCGCCGGGCCUCCGCCGGCGGCUGUGGGCACGCUGCCCCCGCGGGACGGGGCCUCCUCGGCGCGGCGCGGCCCGACCCGCCGGUCCCUCCCUGGCCGCCCUCCGGGAUCCCCGGCAGCAGCGACGAUGUUUUCUCUCAAGCCUCCCAAACCCACCUUCAAGUCGUACCUUCUGCCGCUGCCUCAGGCUGAAGACCACAUCACUUCAGAACCCAGGAUUAAAAAACUGGAACCAGUACUUUUGCCAGGUGAAAUUGUAGUAAAUGAAGUCAAUUUUGUGAGAAAAUGCAUCGCAACGGAUACAAGUCAAUAUGACCUGUGGGGCAAACUGGUUUGCACUAACUUCAAGAUUUCCUUUAUUACGGAUGACCCAAUGCCACUGCAGAAAUUCCAUUACAAAAACCUUCUUCUUGGUGAACAUGAUGUUCCUCUGACGUGCAUUGAGCAGAUUGUCACAGUGAAUGAUACCAAGAGGAAGCAGAAAGUCCUUGGUCCCAACCAGAAACUUAAAUUUAAUCCAACAGAAUUAAUCAUUUAUUGCAAAGAUUUCCGUAUUGUCAGGUUUCGUUUUGAUGAAGCAGGUCCUGAAAGCGCAAAAAAGGUGUGCCUUGCAAUAGCUCAUUAUUCUCAGCCAACGGAUCUUCAGCUUCUCUUUGCAUUCGAGUAUGUUGGGGAAAUAUAUCAUAAUCCAGCAAAGAAGGUGAAUGGAGUGGACCCAGGAGGCGGCGGUGGCAGCGGUGGAGGCAUCAGCAGUGCCAGCGGUCAGCAGACACCUUUGUUUGAAACUUACUCUGAUUGGGAUAGAGAAAUCAAAAGGACGGGUGCAUCAGAGUGGAGAGUUUGUUCUGUCAAUGAAGGCUACAUGAUAUCCACUUGCCUUCCAGAAUAUUUUGUGGUCCCUUCUUCCUUAGCAGAUCAAGACCUUAAGCUCUACUCCCACUCGUUUAUUGGGAGACGAAUGCCAUUAUGGUCCUGGAAUCAUCCCAACGGGAGUGCCCUUGUCAGGAUGGCCAGCAUUAAGGAUGUGCUGCAACAAAGAAGAAUUGAUCAAAGGAUUUGUAAUGCAAUAACUCGAAGCCAUCCCCUGAGAAGCGAUGUUUACAAAUCUGAUCUGGACAAGUGUCUCCCCAACAUCCAGGAAAUCCAGGCUGCGCACAUCAAACUCAAACAACUGUGUGUUAAUGAGCCCUUCGAAGAAACGGAAGAGAAGUGGCUGUCCUCACUGGAGAAUACUCGCUGGUUAGAGUAUAUCAGAUCAUUUCUUAAGCAUUCUGCUGAGCUCGUGUAUAUGAUGGAGUGUAAGCAUGUUUCUGUAGUUCUACAAGAGGAAGAGGGACGGGACCUGAGCUGUCUUGCUGCUUCCCUUGUUCAAGUCAUGCUGGAUCCCUAUUUUCGAACCAUUGUUGGAUUUCAAAGCUUGAUACAGAAGGAAUGGGUCAUGGCAGGAUAUCAGUUUUUAGAUAGGUGUAACCACUUAAAGAGAUCUGACAAAGAGUCCCCUUUGUUCCUGAUGUUUCUCGACUGUGUUUGGCAGCUGCUAGAACAGUACCCAGCAGCCUUUGAGUUUUCUGAAAUGUACUUGACGAUCCUGUACGACAGUGCACGUAUCUCACUGUUUGGCACUUUCCUUUUCAACUGUCCGCAUCAACGAGUAAAGGAAAGCACUGAAUUUGCUAUAAGCAAAAACAUUCAGCUGGGUGAUGAGAAAGGCCUCAGAUUUCCUUGUGUUUGGGACUGGUCUCUUCAGUUUACAAGCAGGGAUCGCCUGCUCUUUCACAACCCUCUGUAUAUUGGGAAGAGCGCACCGUGUGUGCAGAACGGAGCAGUGAAAACUUUCAAGCGCUCAAAGAAAAACUACAGCUCGACGUUGCGAGGUGUCCCCCCAGCAUUAAAAAAUGGAAUCAUCAGUGAGCAGGAGUUCCUUCCAAGAAGAAACUCUCUGAUACUGAAACUGAAACCAGACUUCUUACAGCAAACAGAGAGUCAGAGUAAUAGUAUGGAACAGUUCUUCAGAGACUGGUUUGCAAAGCCUGUUGAUUUGCACGGCGUAAUUCUGCCCCAUCUCUCUGGAACACAGAUCAAACUCUGGAAACUGUGCUACUUCCGCUGGGUUCCCGAGGCCCAGAUUCAUCACGGUGGCUUCAUCGCUGCUUUCCAUAAAGUUUCUUUGCUGGCAGAUGAAGUGGACAUGUUAAACCGGAACCUUCGACAGUGCAAAAGCAACUCUCCUUUGCAAGGUAACUGCUCAGAACUGGAUCAAGGCAGGAUGUACUUCAGAGCCAGUGGUUUAAACGACACCUCUGGGGCCCCAGACUUUCUCUCCUCCUCAUUCCCGUUUUCACCUGUAGGGAACCUGUGCAGACGGAGCAUUCUGGGAACGCCUUUAAGCAAAUUCUUAAGUGGUGCCAAAAUCUGGCUAUCCACUGAGACACUUGCGAAUGAAGACUAAGAUGAUGUGGUGGCCUACAGGUCCGGGGAGGGUAUAGCAUAUCAUUUUGUCUUUUCUAAUUUAACACUGCUAAAGGCAGCCUUGAAAGCUGUAAUAAUUUUAUAUACAAACAUUACGUAAGUUUUGCACAAAUAUUUAAAAGCAAAGCGAGUCAGGCUUCAAAUCGCACAAAUUUGUCUUCAGUAGUUCUCAUCCACACGUCUGGUCUGGUUUCUGGUCCCUGGUACUUUCCUUGUGUGGAGGGUUUGGCUCUUUCUAUGAGAUGGGAGCAUUUCUGAUGAGUGCUGAUGUGAACUGAAAGGUCUGGUGUGGUUGUUGUUGUAUUUUCCCAGAUAGUGAAUGAACACAAACUAGCAGAUGAACUCUGAGCACAAACUCUUCUCUCAGACUUCCUUUCCAGGCAAAAAAACAUACGUGUGUACAUAGAUACUGAUGUCCUGUGACUGGAUCACCCUACAUAAGUGUUAACAUAGUGUGCAUCCCUGGAGGAGGCGUUCCUUUUUCUUUCUCCCCAAGAUGCAUCCAUUAGCAAUCACAUUUGUGCUGUCAUGAGCUAGGAAUCAACUUCAGGACGAUGCACUGUUAACCUUAAACCAUUUACUGUACAUAAAUAAUGUAGUAGCUUUAGAAGUGCCUUUAAUUGGGAGGAAACAGUAGCAGGAUUUACUCUAAUGCAGCUACCUAUCCCUCCCCUCCUCUUUUUUUUUACAGCAGGUUGUUAAGGUAAGUUCUGGUUCCAUCCUCUGCCUUCCCCUUCUGCAGAAAUAGGAGAAGGCUGUAGCUCAGGAGACAGUAGGUUUUCCCUCUCAAAUGUUAAGCUUUUUCUUUUUAAGGUCUCAAGAGAGCCUCUCCUUUGUUUUAAGCACCUCAGAUGUUCAGCACUAUAUGCACAGAUCUCUCUCAUGCCCAGUUCCAGGCUGCAGCACACUUCAGCCCUAACAGGUUCCAGAACAGAGGCUGGGCUGUGAGAGGCCAUGUCUGUGACGAGUGCUGAUGCUCCUCGUGAGCAGGGCUGGAAGAGAGAUCAGCGGUGCCUUCUUUUUUUACCUACUAGUAGCUCACAGGGACAGUGCAGUGGACAAGCACAGCUUGAGGGAAUUAAAUCCAACAGCCUCCCUCUGCAUCUUCCUUGCUACUCUUAAACCCUUCCCUCAUCACUCUCUGCUGGAUGCUGUGUGAGACAGACAAGAGAGGGUGAAGUAUACUGGGCUGAGAGGGCAGUGAGUGCAUCAUUCUCCAAACUGAAGAUGUGGGUGGAGAACAAGAGGAUACUUCUGUGGAGUACUUUCUCUUAACAGUGAGUCCGUUAUAGUACCUGAUCUCUGUGUAAAAUGCAAGAGCUAUUAAAGCAGUGCUGAGCAGUGCUUCAGGCACAGACUGACCAGGUAAGGCUCUGAAGGCCUUGUUAGAAGCUGUUCCCAGUUACUAGGAAAAAAAAAGCUGUAGGUCAUAUGCAGUGUAUAGAGGGUUAAAAAAAUUAAAAAGGGGAGGGGAGGAGGAAGAUCUGGAGUUGUUCAUUUCUGUGUAAAACCAAACUGGUCUUCAGUACAGCCUAAAUCAAAGUAACGAGGGUUUUGGAUGUCUGUGAUGGCUCAAGUAUUUAUUUAACAGAGUGUGCAUUUGGAGUGGCCUUACAGGUGCCAGCAUGGUGCCAGCUAAGCCUGCUGCACAUAGGGCCCCAUUCUCACCAGGCUGAAAAUUACGUGAACUGCAAAGCUGUUGAGGAGCACUGGGCACACUGUGUUCUCACACUGCUUGGUUUGGCUUGGCAGGGAUGAAUGGACGGUUCAUUUUAAAGGUGAGUUGAUGUGUGGGAGGAAAAGGGAAAAAAAAAAACCCUUCCUUUUUUAACUAACCAACCAGCACUUCCCCCAAACCUGAACUUAUGCAAAGAAGCCAAGUGUGUGUGUGUGUGUGUGUGUGUGUGUGUGUGUAUGGGGCAGGUGGGGGCUUAUGACAUAAUGUCAGAUUGCUUCUGGUCAGCUUUCUGUGAGGAAUAAAAUGUGUAUUCACCCCAGUUGCCUAAUUGUGCUGCAAGACAGUCUGAGCAUGGAACACGGUCCACAAACCAAUUGCGUUUAUUUGCAAGCUUGCUGGAGCAGUCAGCUGCCUGAUUCGAUUCCUUAUUCAAAUAGUUUUACUUUGCUUUUGUAAUUUCUGGUUAAAACAGCUCACUGUUUCCCCUGCCCUGAUACUUGAUGUAAAGACCUCAACCUCAACCUGUGUGCUUGGGGUCUUUUGGUACCCCUUGUUCCUUUUUUUGUGUUGGUUUUUUGUUUUUUUUAAAUGCCAAUUAAAACUGUGGUGUUUUUCUCUUCUCCUCCAAGGUGGAACCUUUCUUGGCUUAAAGGAACAAAAAAUGUGUUACAAAAAUAAUGACUGCAAGCAGGCAGCUGGUGGAUGGAACAACACGGUGUGUGUGCCUGUACGCAUUGGGGAAAGCGAGUACUUUUAGUUAAACAAACAAGGCUGACUGUAACGAGACUUCAGAAGUGUUUACCUUUCAGUUCUGCAAUGCGUACAGAUGCUGCAGGUGUCCUUUGUAUUUUCUUAAAUAUGUAUGUGUGUAUAUAUACAUGUGUAUGUAUAUAUACAUGUGUAUGUAUAUAUACACACAUAUAUGUGUAUGUAUAUGUAUAGCUAUAUAUAUGCUAUAUACAGCUCUAUAUGUGUAUGUAUAGCUCUCUCUGUAUAUAGCAUAUAUAUAGCGUGGGGGGGAUGCUAAGAAAUAAUAUGCCUGUUUGCCAAACAAACUUAAUAAGCAAUUUUACAAAGUUCAGAAAGGAGAGCGAGGCAGGCAGAGAUGAGCACAGGGAGGAGUGAGAGGAACAAGGGGAGGGGGGAAGCCUGUCUGCUGCCUGGUGUGCGCAUGGGCCUGGCUGACUCAGUCUGAAGGUGCCUGUGCCUGUUGUUUUUUCCCUUUGAGUAAGUUAAGUUCAACAGCGUGGGUUUUUGUUUCUUUAAAUUCACUUUUAAAACACAGGUACUUCAGAAUAUUCUCCCUUCUACACAGUUGCCUUAUCCUCAGUAGGGGACUGUUCUGAACAUCUCCAGUAGCUUUCAAAGGCAGUUUUGGUGUGCAAGUACUUAACUUCUGUGUACAAAAUACUGACGUACAGUGUAUAUAUGUGUGUGUGUUUGUGUGUGUACACAUUCUCAAAUUAUUAUUUCUGUUCACCAUUUUAAAACAAGAAACUGUUAAUGCCAUUUGGUUGUUGCAAGAGUAGAAAAGCUACCGAGAAGCUCAUUUUUUUGUCUGUUUAAAAGAAAAAUGCACUAUUUUAGCUGUUACCAGCUGUUAUAAUCAUUGUUUUUUGUAACUACACUGUAAACCAUGCAGGGGGUGAAACACAAAUUGCUGGUUGAUAAGAUUAAAGUGUACCUCUGGUGUCACUGAUUACUGCUAGGUGGAGGUCACUGUGGUAGGACAACCUCAAUUCCCCAUUUACUGCCACCUAUCAAAGAAAUUGCUUUCAUUCCAGAAAUGCAUUGAGAAGUGUCUGUGUGUAUGUAAACCCAGGCCUGCACGUGUGUGAUGUGCACCUGCUGGCAAUAUCACUUCACUAUUAACUGCCUUCUACUUGGAAUGAAGAUGUAGCAAGUGGGUCAAAGGUUUUGGCUUAACGCUCAGAUGGAAAGAAACAUUAAAACCAAAAAUUUCUAACCAACACUUGCAGCGAAGGAUGGUAUCCUACCUUUGCCUCCAGCGGAAGAGACAGAAAUCUGUACCUCAAAUUGCUCUAGGCAGUAAGUAGGGUUCUAAUGCUGUUGCUGUGGUGGUGUAGAGUUUGCUAUUUCAACUGAAACUAAAACCUUUGUGCCUGAUAAUGAUUUAUUGAGUAAAGUAAAGUAGCAGCAUCAGGAAGAUUAUAAAAUCCUGAUGCUGAAUUGUGAAUGUGAAGUAAAUUAGACUAAAUAAAAGUUCAUAACUUUCCAGAGUC